AGUUCCUGCAGACUUCAGUGCAGGGCGGAGUUCGUGAACGUCUCAUAGGAUGAACGGAGUGCUGUGAACUCAACUUAGUGCAUGAUCAUAUGUAUGUUUUUUCGGAUCGUAAAAGUAGCUGACUUGAGUUAGAGUAUUUGAUGUGACACCAUUACAAAAGUAUCAGAGCGGAUAUCGUUUGGUUUUAACUUAAAAAAGGUGUAGUUUUCAAACCAACUCAACAGGAGAAAGUUAUUUAAUUCAUUGUGAAGUGCAAUUGAAAACAUACAAUUAUGAAUAAUCCAAGCAACAGUAUUCUCGCCACGCUGGUCGUGCUUCUCUUAUGGCGAGUUGAAGAAAUCGCCGAGGCUUGCAGCUGCUCGCCAAUGCAUCCUCAACAGGCUUUUUGCAACGCAGACAUCGUAAUCCGUGCCAAGGUGGUGGGCCGUAAGGAGGUGAGCUCCGGAAACGAUGUGUACGGAGACCCCAUCAAGAGGAUUCGCUAUGACCUCAAGCAGAUCAAGAUGUUCAAGGGUCCCAAUGAGGCCGUGGAGCACAUCUUCACAGCCCCCACGUCCGCCAUGUGUGGAGUAUCUCUGGAUGCAGACAGCAGCAAGGAGUACCUGAUCACAGGCAAGAAGGAGUCUGACGGUGUGCACGUGACACUGUGUGACUUUGUGGAGCCCUGGGGUGACCUGACUCACACCCAGACCCUCAGCCUCAACGCGCGCUACCAGUCUGGAUGCGAAUGCAGGAUUGUGCGCUGCCCGUCCUUACCCUGCUCCAUCGGUGCUCCUGAGGAGUGUUUGUGGACAGACGGGGUGCUGGAUGCCUCCUACCAUGGCAAGCAGGCCAAGUACUUCACAUGCAUCCCCCGUAGUGAUGCCUCCUGCAACUGGUACCGUGGCUCACACGCCCCCAAGAAGGAGUUCAUGGACAUCGAGGACCCUUAGUGCUCCUGGCCAACACCAGCACCAAACAACAUGUCAUGCACUCUUUGACAUACAUGCACGCACACACACACACACACGCAAAUACACACAUGAACACACACAAAAACACAGGUAGAUACAAUCAUACACUUACAGAAAGAUCUCUUAUUUUGUUGCCAUAUCCUGACUCUUUGAACAGAUGCCUGUUUAAAUUAAUAAAGUUUAGAUAUACUGAAACAUCAAACCUUACCAAACUUCCCUUCUUACUUUACUUUUUUUUUUUUACUUGUGUUCACCAAGUUGUGUUGAGGAAAGGACAAUAAGAUUAAUUUCAGUUCAAUACAUUUUAGUCAUGUUUUGUGUUUUGCUUUUGUGUUUGUUUUUUCCCAAUAUUUUCUUACACAUGCUCAUGCAAAUAGACUUAACAUUAAUUAAUUUAACCAUAGUAAUAUCAUAUUUGAGGGAAAGUGCAGUUUUUCUCGUCUUUUAUGUCCUACAUUUCUGCCAUUGUAAUGGUUUUUUGCAUAUGUGGAAUGUACUGUAAAAGAUUAGUUGUAAAUUGUAUACUAUACUAUGCACAAAACAACUCGUUGAGGGAAUGGCAUUAAUUUAUAACGUUCAGUGCAGUUAGUUCUUUACAGGAUUCGUGUGUAUUUAUACAGUAACAAAUGCCCCUCCCCCUCUCCCCAAGAGCUUGUAGCUCAGCAUUGACACUUUCUGUUAAAUGCCUUCAUUUAGUUAGUGCAUGUCACUCGUUCCUUUAUAUCCAACUGAGAUAAUUCAACAAAUUGGCCGUUACUCAGUAGACUACACAGAUAUUUAGGCAUGCCACUCCAGCAACCAACCAAUUGUCCUUCAGAAGAUAACUGGAACAAAUCAUUCAAAUUUCUGUGGAACCUUCUAGGCCUAUUAAUUGUAAUUGUGUAAUUUAAUAAUAUAGACAUAAAUACCAUCAAUCUGAUGUAAUAUAUAACAUAAUAAUUGACCUAGACAUGUGACAUGUUACCCUUUACCCCUUGAGAUUUUUUUAGAGGUAAAGAAAUGGAAUGCUAAUAAAUUAGUAAUUUUUCACGCUAUCAACUUUUUGAAAGUGCCACAUGUUUCCUGCAUGUCAGAAUGCUGAAACAGGCUAAAGGCAUUUGAGGGUUGGACAGGCUAACAGCUAAAGGCAAAUUGGUUGUGAAUUUUGAGGACAAGUAGAAGGUUAAUUUGGACUCUCCUUAAAAAAGGUUGUUCAAAACAUGAGAUUACCAUGACUCUGUAAAGAAGACCAGAGCUCCCAUCCUGGCUAAAUGAAAUGGUGUAUUUGUCAAAAACACAACUAGUCCCAGUGAUAACCAGUUUAUCAUAUGAUUUUAAUGUAUAGUGGAAAUGUGUGAUAGGUUCGCUAAUGAUGGUAUCACAUAUAUGUGACAUUGAGCAGUAACAUUUCUCUGGUGGUAAAUAUGCGUCAAGCCAUACUUUUUAAAAGAGAAAGCUCACAUAUUGAGUAAAACGUUUUGUCAGAUAGAAAGUAAUAUUUGAUCUGGGGCCUUCUCUGCUUCACAGGGCUUGAAGGUAGGCCUACCCAAAUACAAAAACUAUUACAUGUUUACUGUCAUUACAACAUUGCCUACAUUUUUGCCAAGAUCGAGCUUAAAUCUGUAAGCCUUUUUUUAAAGCCAUUUUAUUCCAUUUCUGUUUUUGGGAGUGAUGUCUCUAAAGGCUUGGUCGAUCCAUGUUUUUAGAUGCGUUUGCCUUUUUUCUUGUAAAUGUUGUGUGUUGUUUUUUUUAUGAUGUAAUGUUUGUCUUAGCAUUAGCAGUAGUGUGAAAUGUCUCGUGCUGGUACUACAUGGGACAAAGGUCUAGAGCUAGACCGUGCAUGCCUACCCUUUCCAGUAUUAUUCCAAUCUGUUAUGGCUGCCUAUGGUGUUGAGAAAUAAAACUUUUUUAAGUCA